AUGACUGUUGCGCGAAGCUCUAUAUCGGCGUCACCGUCAUCGCUGUCGUUACGGUCCUUGUCGUCGACACCUCUGAUAUAUCUUGCUCCGAGGACGCAGGUCAAGAAGCGGUACUUCAGCGCCAAGUCGUGCCGGAGGGAGCGACAAGAGGCCGUCUCGGCGCAACCACGACGACCAGCUCCUGUCGUUGAUCGAGGGGCGUCCAAGGUCUUCAAGAGCGCAGACGCUGCCAUUGCCGAUGUCCCCGACGGCGUCACCGUUCUGAGUGCAGGUUUUGGACUGUGCGGUGUAGCAGAAACCCUGAUCGACGCCAUCCGCAAAAAAGGCAUCCGCGACCUGACGGUGGUGUCCAACAAUGCCGGCGCGGGCGAAUACGGUCUGGCCAAGCUGACGUCGACGGGCCAGAUCUCGCGGAUGAUCGUGUCGUUCAUCGGCACCAACAAGCCGCUCGGCAAGCAGUACCACGACGGACAGGUGUCGAUCGAGCUGUGUCCGCAGGGGACGAUCGCGGAGCGGCUGCGCGCGGCGGGGGCGGGGAUCCCGGCCUUCUUCACGGCGACGGGGGCGCGCACGCUGAUCGAGACGGGCGGCAUCCCCAUGCGCCUGGGGCCCAAGGACCCGCAGACGGGGAAACACGCGGUCGUGGAGCCCGGGCGGGCGCGCGAGACGCGCACCUUCGACGGCCGCACGUACAUGAUGGAGACGGCACUGCGGGGCGACGUGGCCAUCGUGCGGGCCUGGAAGGCCGACGAGGCGGGUAAUUGCAUCUUCCGCACCACGACCAAGGCGUACGGCGUGCUGAUGCCCAAGGCCGCGCGGCUGGCCAUCGUCGAGGCCGAGAACAUCGUCCCCGUCGGCGCGCUGGACCCGGACCACGUCGACCUGCCGGGCAUCUACGUCGACCGCAUCUGCCCAGCCACGUCGCCCAAGAACAUCGAGAAGCUCGUCCUCGCCGCGCAGGCCGAGCAGGCCACGACGGCCGACGAGCACAGCCAGAGCCCCGAGAUCGCCCGGCGCAACCGCAUCGCCCGCCGCGCAGCCAAGGAGCUCAAGGACGGCUUCUACGUCAACCUGGGCGUGGGGAUUCCGACCCUGGCGCCCUCGUUCCUCCCGGCCUCGACCAAGGUGUGGCUGCAGUCCGAGAACGGCAUCAUCGGGAUGGGACCGUACCCGGAGUCGCGCGAGACGGCCGACCCGGACACGGUCAACGCGGGCAAGGAGCCCAUCAAGCUGGUUCCGGGGGCCUCGACGUUCGAUUCGGCCGAGUCGUUCGGCAUGAUCCGCGGCGGCCACAUCGAUGUGUCGAUCCUGGGGGCCCUGCAGGUCUCGGCCCAGGGCGACCUGGCCAACUACAUCAUCCCGGGCAAGGCGUUCAACGGCAUGGGCGGCGCCAUGGACCUGGUCAGCAACCCGGACCAGACGAAGAUCAUCGUCUGCACCUACCACACCGAUAAGGACGGCCAGAGCAAGAUCGUCGACGAGUGCGACCUGCCCCUGACGGGAAAGGGCGUCGUCAGCAUGAUCAUCACCGAGCUGGCCGUCUUCGAGGUCGACCGGCUCGGCGGCAAGGGCUUGACACUCAAGGAAACCGCAAAGGGCGUCACCGUCGACAUGGUCAGGGAGAAGACGAGUGCAAAGUUCACCGUGGCAGACGACUUGGGCACGAUGGAUUGA